AUGCCCAUCAUCUUUGCUCAGUCUUUGAGCCUUUACGCGCUUGUCGCGGGACAGCAGUAUUUUGAUAGGACUACGUUAUCUCUUGGCAAGUAUGAACCCAGAGGGCCAAAUAGUGCGCUUUUUGCUCUUACACUCGUCUUUGCUGUCGACGUCGCUUUCAUUGCGUUGAAUGGAAAAGACUUGCGGUUACUAACAUUCCAAGGUAUAUAG